AUGCAUCUGAAUGACACUGCUGCCUUUCAAAGAGGUCAAAAUCAGUAUUUCCUGCUACUAAAAGCUUAUUACAGUAUGUUCACUUUUAAAGGUAUUCAUCUCACAAGGCAAGAGACUUGUCCCACCCCAGGUACUCUUACCAAACCAAACAUAUUUCUGGAAACCUCACCCAGUGAUGAAGCAGAUGAAGUUUUGGUUAAGUGUCAAAUACCACCAGUCUCUCCUUUUACCAGAAUUAUUCUCUGUGAAGACGGGGUAGAAAUCAAAAGUCAGAAGCAAAAGAAUGCAAUAUUUUUAUAUAAAUUUUCUUAUAAAAUAUCAAGAGCAAGUACAAGACAGCUUUCUUGCAUGUACCAGAACAAGGAUAAAAACAACCAGGUGAAUAAUUCCUCUCCAAGUGAUGCCAAGAACCUUUAUGUUUCAGAAAGGGGGACUUGGAGAACAGACUUCAAUGAAGAUGCAGUAAAUGGGUGGAUUGAUGCAUGCAUUAUUUUUUUCCUGCCCUUAGCAUUAGGAUUUGGAAUUACAACUGCUUCCAUCCUUAUUUGUGCUGCACUGUUUUAUGUGCUGGAGAAAAGAGGUAUAAUCCAAUGGAGAGCAACCAGACAUCCAGAAAGAGAAAACCAAACACGUAAGGAUAUGCUUUAUCCUCUCUUUCUUUCUCUUCCUCUAUUGUCUAGAUUGAAGCAUGUAGUCAAGUGA